AUUCUUCAACAUUACAAACCUAUCUCUGAUAAUACGACUCACUCUUCACGUUCUAUAAAGUUACGGCGAACCUAAGCAGCCUCAUCUCAGAAAGUCUGCCAUAAUCGGACCUGUACCGCAAAGACCCAGCCAUCAUGGCGACCUCAACUGCCCACCGCCGCCUCCUCCAAGAAUACCGCGCCCUGACCAACAACCCACCAGAAGGCAUCACCGCAGGCCCCGUCUCCGAAGACGAUCUCCUACACUGGGAAGCGCUGAUCCAAGGUCCCGAGGGGACGCCAUUCGAGGGCGGUGUAUUCCCUGCCGAGCUCAAGUUCCCGAAAGAUUAUCCGCUCGCGCCACCGUCUAUGAAAUUCAUCGGCGAAGUCUGGCAUCCUAAUGUAUAUCCAAGCGGACUGGUCUGCAUCUCGAUUCUUCACCCCCCGGGAGACGACCCAAACCACUACGAGCAUGCAUCUGAGCGUUGGUCGCCAAUCCAGAGUGUCGAGAAGAUCUUGAUUUCAGUGAUGAGCAUGCUAGCGGAGCCGAACGACGAAAGCCCUGCGAAUGUGGAGGCUGCAAAGCAGUGGAGGGAGCAUAGGGCAGAGUACGAGCAGAGGGUUAGAGAUGGGUGCCGGAGGAUGCUGGGUUUGUGAGAUCAGUUUUACAAUAAGACGUGGGAGUGAGGAUGGGUAACAAUAUCUGGCAUUGUGGUUGGGUCUACGUAGCGUUGGCGUGUAUGGAGUUUAUUGAGGAUAAAUGAGAAAAACGUGUUCAAGCAUCAGAACUACAUUACAGUUGGCGCUGGGAAUGACAGUGAUUGCAGAUAUUCGCACGGGAGCUCUAGAAAAUGACAACCAUAGGUUCUCGAAUGUAGAAUUCUUGUCGUUCUCUUCAUAUUCGAUGGGCACUAAUUGUGCUAAACAGACGUCUAUUAUACAACACACUCUAACCAUUCCAAAAU